GGGCACCGUGGUCGCCGGCCUCGCCGCUCCUGGGCACCAGUUUAGAUUACUGCUGAUUUGAUCCUCUGGAAUCUGCAAAAGGAAAGUCUGCCAGCCUCUGCGAAUAGCUUUGCGGUGUAACAGGAGUGGAGUUCCCGAGCAGAAUCGCUGAGAGAUAUGUGAACGAGUGUAAGCAAAGCUGAGCACAUUGGUAUUUCUGCCUCAAACCUGGGCUCGUUCCCCAGGCACAGUUUGUGUGGGGGGUGAAUACCCUCUUGGCACCUGGAGAUGAUGUCGGUCGAAGGGUCUACAAUAACAAGUCGGAUCAAAAAUCUACUUCGCUCCCCUUCCAUUAAGCUGAGGAGAAGCAAGCCUGGGAACAAGCGUGAAGAUAUAGGCAGCAAGGUGACUUUGGAGAAGGUGUUGGGGAUAACUGUGUCAGGAGGCAGAGGAUUAGCCUGCGACCCCAGAACUGGCCUCGUCGCUUAUCCGGCAGGGUGUGUUGUUGUGCUGUUCAACCCCAGAAAAAAUAAGCAACACCAUAUUCUAAACAGUUCCAGGAAAACAAUUACAGCACUUGCUUUCUCUCCAGAUGGAAAAUAUUUGGUUACAGGAGAGAGUGGACACAUGCCAGCAGUUCGGGUAUGGGAUGUGGCCGAGCGAACCCAGGUGGCUGAGCUCCAGGAGCACAAGUAUGGUGUGGCCUGUGUGGCUUUCUCUCCCAGCUCCAAGUACAUUGUUUCAGUGGGGUACCAGCAUGACAUGAUUGUCAACGUGUGGUCAUGGAAGAAAAACAUCGUAGUGGCAGCCAACAAAGUGUCAAGUAAAGUGACAGCCGUGUCAUUCUCAGAGGACUGCAGUUACUUUGUCACUGCUGGAAAUCGACACAUCAAGUUCUGGUACCUGGAUGACAGCAAAACCUCCAAGGUCAAUGCCACGGUCCCUUUGCUAGGUCGCUCAGGAUUGCUUGGAGAAUUGAGGAACAACUUCUUUGCGGACGUGGCUUGUGGAAGGGGCAAAAAAGCUGACAGCACCUUCUGUAUCACAUCCUCAGGCCUGCUCUGUGAAUUCAAUGAAAAAAGGCUGCUAGACAAGUGGGUGGAGCUGAGGACCGCUGUGGCAAACUGCAUCUCUGUGAAUCACGACUACAUCUUCUGUGGCUGUGCUGAUGGCACCGUGCGGAUUUUUAACCCUCUGAACCUUCACUUUGUCACCACACUGCCAAAGCCGCACUUCCUGGGAACAGACAUCGCGAGUGUGACUGAGGCCAGUCGUCUUUUCUCUGGUAUGGCUGAUGCGAAGUAUCCAGACACGAUUGCCUUGACGUUUGACCCCACCAACCAGUGGCUUUCCUGUGUAUACAAUGACCACAGCCUGUAUGUGUGGGAUGUCAAAGACCCGAAGAAAGUGGGCAAGGUGUACUCCGCUUUGUACCACUCUUCCUGUGUGUGGAACAUUGAGGUGUAUCCAGAAGUGAAGGACAACAAUCAGUCAUGCCUCCCCCCUGGUUCCUUCAUUACCUGCUCCUCUGACAAUACUAUUCGUCUGUGGAACACCGAAAGCUCCAACAUUCAUGGCACAGCCCUGCACCGCAACAUCCUCAGCAAUGACUUGAUGAAAAUCAUCUAUGUAGAUGACAACACUCAGGUACUUCUGGACACUGAUUACAACUCAGCAGGAAGUGCAGACAAAGCUGAUGCACAAGUGAUGGAUACAAAGGUGGGGAUACGCACUGUCUGUGUGAGUCCCAGUGGGGAGCACCUGGCCUCGGGGGACAGGAUAGGCACUCUCAGGAUAUAUGAGUUGCAGUCUCUGAGGGAAAUGCUGAAGGUGGAAGCCCAUGACUCUGAGAUCCUAUGUCUGGAAUACUCCAAACCUGACACAGGCUUAAAGCUUUUAGCCUCAGCCAGUCGGGACAGAUUGAUUCAUGUCUUGGAUGCUGGAAAGGACUACAGCCUGCAGCAGACCCUGGAUGAACAUUCUUCUUCCAUCACUGCUGUGAAGUUUGCAGCCAAUGAUGGGAAAGUGCGAAUGAUAAGCUGUGGGGCAGACAAGAGCAUCUAUUUCCGCACUGCGCAGAAGACAGGAGAAGGGGUUCAGUUUACCCGAACACAUCACAUUGUUAGGAAGACCACUCUGUAUGACAUGGAUGUGGACCCCAGCUGGAAAUACGCAGCUAUUGGAUGCCAGGAUCGUAACAUCAGGGUUUUCAACAUAAGCAGUGGGAAGCAGAAGAAGCUUUACAAGGGAUCCCAAGGCGAAGAUGGCACCCUCAUCAAAGUGCAAACGGAUCCCUCUGGUCUUUACAUUGCAACCAGUUGUUCUGACAAGAACCUCUCCAUCUUCGAUUUCUAUUCUGGCGAGUGUGUUGCAACCAUGUAUGGACAUUCAGAGAUUGUAACUGGGAUGAAAUUCAGUAAUGACUGCAAACAUCUGAUCUCUGUUUCUGGUGACAGCUGUAUCUUCAUCUGGCGUUUGAGCUCAGAGAUGACCAUCAACAUGCGGCAGCGACUGUCUGACAUGAAGCAGAGAGGGAAGCAGACAGAAAAGUCUCCUCCGCACAAGACAGCUGGACUCAUGAGGCACGAGUCCAUCUCUGCCCUGUCCUCUGUGCCUGCGCUCUCAUCAGACAGCGACAAGGAUGGUGAAGAUGAAGGGAAUGAUGAAGAUGAGUUACGUGGGCUGCAGUCUUUCCAUAUUCAGUCCAACUGCAACACUGAGAGAGACUCAGAUCCAGACCUUACCCUCUCAAGAAGCCUCUCCCAUUGGGAAAUGAGGAGGGCCAAAGAGAUAGCAGCAAUCCAGCGCUCAGAGGCACCAAUGAGCAAGAUGCCCCGGCAACGUGGGCGCUGGUCCCAGCCAACUAGCAACAUAGAGAUGACUGUGAAGUCCAUGCUUGACUUGCGUCAGUUGGAGUCUUUCUCUGUUUCCCGUUCUCCGAGUCGAGACUCGCUGUCUCAAAACAGCAAUGGGGACGACAGAGAAGAGCAGGCAGAUCUUCCUGUGCAUAUCAACAAAGCUGGCAGCUCAAUACCUCCCCAAGAUAACCGGUCUUGUGUGCGACCCCAAGUGAUUCGGCUUGUGUCUUGUGAAGAGGGGAUUUUCUCUCAGGAACUGGAACCUUCUGAGAGUGAGGAGUGUGUAAUCUACCCUGAGCAAGAUGAAAUCCAUCCCACAGACCCUAGCAGUGAGUUCCAGGUAAAAGCAUUGCCCCAUGGGAAGCUAAGUAGAGGUUAUCACAGUAAUGGAUGCCCAGACAAACACAGUCCUGACAGUGCCUGCUCUGUAGAUUACAGCAGCAGUCGUCUGUCCAGCCCAGACCAUCCGAAUGAAGAUUCUGAAAGCACUGAGCCCCUAAGUGUGGACGGCAUCUCAGACCUGGAGGGAGAGGAAGGAGAGGAGGACGUGGGUGCUAGCAUGCCAGAGGGAGAAAUCCCCCAGACACCUGAUCAGGAAAAGUUCCUCAGGCAGCAUUUUGGGACCCUGGGCAGCACUGAUGGAAAAGGUGGCUCAUGUAGGAAUCUGGAAAGAACUGAAAACCUCAGCAUUUCCUCUCGCUUUCUUUCCCAGUCCCCGGCUCUCAGACGAUUGUCACUCUCUUCAUCAAAUCUGAUACUGGAUUCAAAACCCAUCGAGCCACCAACCCAGACCAAUCGGUUUACACCAGACCUGUUGAAAAAUGGCAGCAGCCAUCCUGGUGAUGCGUUGGAGAACAGCCAGCUCCUGGAGAGUGUAAAUUCAAAUCGGGCUGUUUAUGUCCAGAAAAAACGCAGAUCAGCUUUGGAGGCCAGCAGAGUUGGUAUGGCUCCUGGACGGGUUAUUGCAUCCUUUCCAGAAGGCCCUGUGAAUGCAGUGAUGAGAAAGGCGCAGUCAGUUCAUGACCUUGUUCAUGAGGAUAAGGGUCCUGGAGUGAUAUCCUCUGCCAAGCAGCGUCCUCAGACUCUUUUGGUGGUUGAGAAGGAUCCCAGACCUAACAAUUGCAGGGUGUUAUCAGCCAGUAUGUUGAAGAUGGAUGGAUCUAGUGCUCUGCUGGCCAAAGAUGUCAGGGCUGCAAAACCAAAGUCCUACAUGAACCCCACAACCAGCUUCCGGGCUAAGAUGUCAAGGAGCAUAUCUGUAGGGGAAAAUCUGUACCUUGGUUACUCCACCGAAAUGUUGACUGAUGGGAGGACUAGCCCUCCAGUGGCAGAGAAGACACAGUUUAGUUCCACAGCAGAUACUGAGAAGAUUAAGCUACCCGUGAAAGAAAAUGUUCCAGUGAAGCCAGCACUUCAGCCAGUUGUAAACUGCUCAUCUCCCAAGUCCUUCCACAGCAAGUUGGCAUCAUCAAACCGAGCACAUCUGAUUCUUGACAUUCCCAAGCCAUUGCCUGAUAGACCCACACUGGCCUCCUUCUCACCCACUACCAAAACAAAAACCCUGCUUGAGCCACAGUCUCCGCAGUCACCUGCUGGGGCCUGUAAAAAGAAACCCUCUUUUCCUGAGGUCCGAGUCUCCAAGAGGGAGAAUCAAACUGCUGGGUCUCUGGUUCCUGGCAGAGAGAUCCCAACAGGACUUGCUAAGGAGAGCCCAGUGGAGAGUCCAGUCUCAAGGACAGGUUGCCAGGAUGAGCCAGGGGUCACUAAUCCAAAACUGAGAGAGUUGUCAGAGGGCCGGCACCUAAGGUCUCCUGAGGGCACACUGCCCAGGUGCAGGGAGAGGAUCACCGGCAUCGCCUGUGUGCUAGACAACCAACCUGGACUUUGCCCACUAGACCCCAUCAGGCCGAGGUCUCCUACAUCUGUAACUGCCUCGGCACAGGUCUCAGAAUCGUGCAUCAGUAUAGAGCAGUGUGAGCACGUGGUAUCCGAGCUCCAGGACAGCAUGCGCAAAGCCAUUCAUCUUUACCGCAUGGUGUUAAAUGAUACGGAGUCUUCUACUGACAAAGAUAAAAUAGCAGGCCUCCUGACAGAAACAUUCUCCUCAAUGAAGAAAGAAUUGGACUCUCUGAAGGAUGAGGAAGAGCUUCCAAAGGUUAAGGAGGUACUGGCGAAGCCACAAGAUACCACUAGCCCACUGAAUGAGGGAUGCGGUGCCAAUCUACCAAGUCCCAAGAGUUUGGGAGAUGAGCAGACACUAGCUUUGCUGGAACAGUACUCAGAGCUAUUGCUACAAGCUGUGGAACGACGCAUGGACAAAAAACUCUAAGAGGGGCGGCUUUGAGGUGUUUUUUGAAUACACAGAAAUAAUCCCAAGAAGAGGACCACAGAGAGAGCUUCAGACCGAUGCUAUCAUCGCACUGGUCUAGGGCUGGUGGGGAGACCUUUAUAAAUUGAUUUCCUCAGGCCCCUACAACUGACUUGCUCUAAUUCUUAGCAAUGUGCUGGCCACAAUUUUAAUAUUUUUUCCCCAAUUAUCUUCAACUUCCUGUCUCUAGACAAAGUCUUGAAAGAGGAGUUUGGAGAAAUUGCCUUGAAAUUUCUUCAUAGCCAGGAGGUCAGGAUGUUUGGCACCUAAAGAAACAAAGAAAAUCCAGUUAUCCAAGAAAUUCUGAACUGCUGACUAAAAGAGUCCAAGUGAAGCCAAUCCCUUCCUCUCCAAGGCUUCAUGAGAAUCAAGAAGCAGACUUUUUAUGGGUUUAUUUAUUAAUUUAUUUUUCUGACUGUUGCUCUGUGUCACGUUUGUGGCUAUUAUCUUUGUCCUUUAACAAAAACUGUCAAUCCUUUUGCCAUAUCCCAGCGAGAAACAAUCUCUGUAUUAUAAACGCCCAACAGGGAGACAGGCUGGAGUGUCUGUGCAAUUAAUGAACUGUUUUCUGCUUAAAUCUUGUCUUGCUGUUCUUUCUUUUCCUGCCUUAGUUUUGUUACCUGGAGUAAUCCUACUGUUGUCAUGACAACCCCAUCUGCUUUUCUCUUGUUUCCAGACAGUCCCCACACUGUAUUUUAUCUGCAUUCACCUCCCGGGGAAGGCUCUGCAACCCUUGGACCAUGCUUUGGAUAUUACUUAAUGAAUUCAGUAGUGGUAUUUUUAAUCUGGAAUUUGACAUUACAUUGAUACUUCAGACUGGGUUUUCUGCAGACAUUUUAAAAAUGGGAUUUAGAUACAAAUAUGAAAGUUUGUUUCAGCCACCUUUCAUGAUUAGGAAUUGGAUAUUGACUUUGAUGUUAUCAUGACUGGGAAAUUUGGGGUGAUGAUUUAUUGAGAAGUGACAUGGAAAAGCUGGUUUCCAUCUCUUACAGUGUAACUCUGGACUUGAGAGAUCUUCAGUGCAAUGGCUCAUCCAUGUCUUUUGUUCACUUCACUGUGAUACGAAAAUGUUUUCUUCUUGCUUUUCCAGGAGAAAGCUGGGAUUCUCUUACCUUUUGUAAAGCUAUUUCAAGUACCCACAGAAAAUGGUUUCCCAAGAACUUCGAACAAGAUAUUUUGGGAUGUGAUUACCACCAUUUCACUGGCCCCCAGCCUCUGCUUUUCAUGAAUUUCUGGUCUGAGAAACAGAAAAUCUUCCCUUCUUGCAUUUGUGUGUGCGCAAUACUCUUCUCACCCUGUGGAGCUUCUCUAAGCCCAUGCUGACUUGUGUUUGUUGUGGCGUAAAACUAUCCAGUGAUGUUGUUUUGGUCAAUGAUAAGCUAAAAAAAAAAUAAAUUUCAAACCAAUGAAAUUCUUCAGCACCUUCCCCCUUACUCCCAGUCUUUUCCACAACAGGGACAGAUACACAAAAUGCUUUAUUUCUUCCUCCAUCUCCAGUCUGUCUUGUAUUUAUUUUAAGGCAGAGCAGUGUAAUCCCAGUUGAUAAAACUAAUGCAAGCAACAAGCUUUUGGUGGGAGAGAGACUGCUAGCAUCUGUGGAAGUCACUCAAAGGCAGCCAGACUGCAUCACUUGGUUCCACAGGUUACAGGCCUGAAGCAGGUUUUUUUCAUUUUACUGUCCUGGCUGUCAUCUCUUUGAAACCCUGUGGCACUCGGAGAUGUGGUCUGUUGACUUGUCUUUCUGUGACUGGAGAUCUGCAGUGCAGCCUUUUUUCUACUGGGCUGGCCAGACUGGUGUAGGAUGACCUAUUUCUUCCGAAUAACUCCAGGGCUGAAUAAUCUGCAGUUCUCACUCUCCCCCUAACAGUUUUGCUGGCUGAUCACUGCUGCCGAGUGCUUCAGGACUUGGUAGUAUGGGGAGCACUUUGAGAGCUCUCCAGCUACUUCUGCCUGUAAUUUAAAUCUGUGUAAUCAUGUUUCAGGUGUCCUUGAUAACCUUUCCUUCCAUGGGCUUGUACUGAAACUUUUAAAGUGUUAUUUUCUAGUCCUGUCUCAGCAUUGCCCUGUGCUGAAUCAGCUGGUGUGCUCGGUCCCAUGGGCAGCUUCUCUUGCACAGACAGGUUUUGCAAAGGAAGGCGAGUUGAAAACCAGAGAGGAAAUUUCUGGCAGUUUCCUUGAGUGAAAAGGUGUGCUGGAGAUGCCACGAGUGGAAUGUAUGAUGGCAGUCACGUUGGGUCUGUGAUGGAGUUAGUGUGGGUCAAGCUUGCUUUUGAGGUGAUUAGUUCCUCCACUUUCAGACUGUGAACAUAUGUCUUAGUAUACAGGAAAUUUCUUGCUGUACUAGGGCCACAAGACACUCAGGUAAAACAGCAGUCCCUUCAACCCAGGUAUCUUUUGGUACUGGCGAUAAUGGUUUGAGGGUCCUUUAUACUACUUCCCUGUGCAAUUUUAUUCCAUUGUAUUAUUUAAACUUUGAGGUAGUGGCAAAAAGGGUCAGAGAUGAUACAGAAAGAGCCAGUGGCGAGAAUGAAAUGACCAUUAAGGUAAAGAGCAGCAACCAGUGAAGCUGGCAUAGAGAUAUGAAACAAAGCUCCUUGGAAAUGAGUCACGUGAAGCAAAUCUGAUUUUUAAGCUGAUCAGAGUGGGUUUUGCUUCCUGGAAUGGAUUCUGCUUGGGGUCACGGCUGCAUAUGGGAAACCAGAGGUAAAAUCUGAUCAGAAUGAUGGUAAGAGAAGUGUCGGGCAAGUAGAUCAGCUGGAGAAUGGUUGUGUCGUUUAAAAUAAAUUAGAAUAGUAUAUGUAGGAUGCUCAGGAAAACAGAGUAGAGGUAGAGAUGGUCUUGGCCUGGGGAACACUAUUUCGCCAAUACCUGUGAAAGAUAGAGUACAGAAAGGCUUCAGGAAAGUAGAUUUAGGACUGAGAUGGUGAUCUGUAAUUGAAGAAUGAAUUGGAAGGGGUUUGUUUUUAAAGAUGUCCUAUUGGGCCUCUUGUUUCUUCACUUGCUGUCCUGUAAGCAACUGUUUUUUCUUAAAUGGAAAAGUCAUGAGCUGUUUGCCCAAGGCUUGGAUGUUACGAAUUGAGUAGUAGAAGCCCAGUAAAGGAGAUGCUGGUGCCACAAGUUUGUUGCUGAGAGGGGUGAGGAGAUAGUGUUGCUCUUUAUAAUUUGAGACUGAUCCAACUGAUUCUUCCCUGCUAACUUCCUAUUGCUGGCAGUAGGAAAUAUUCCUAAAAAUUCUAGUUUACAGAACAAAGAGAGCGUAAAUGUGUUACAUUUUGUUGCACCUUGUGAAUAUGUUUCACCACGGGCUGUCCAUUGGGCCAGGUAGAGAAAUACUGAAUGGUAACUGCCUGGGAAGUGAAGAGGCUUGUGGGAGGAGGUAAUAAACUUGAGUCUAUCCCUCUUACUGGUUUGUGAUCCCUCUUACUGGUUUGUGUGGGUGUUAGCAUAGGCACAAACAGAUAUCUGUAUUAAGUUAUUUGUUUAACGUAAAGCCUGAAAAAAUAAUUUAGACCUACCUAUGCUCUUUACAUACAUUUUGUCCCCUCCAACCCAACAUUCCUGGUCAAAAUGAGAAUAGUUGUUGGGUUUUUUUUUUUUCCAUUUUGUAAAUAGUAUUACUUUGCCUGUGGGACCCCUCGGUUCAUUCUUGGGCUCUCUUGAAGUGGUGCAGUAGGAAGGGCUGCAACCUGAGAGGGCAGCAAACUCUUUCUAUUUCCUGCUGCAGGCAGGUAACGCCGUCCUCCUCCCCAUCCCUCAGUAACACCCAGGAGCUGUGUGUAUGGGAGUCUGCGUUUCUUCCACCUCCUCUCUCAGGUCGUCCUCUCCUUUCCAUGGGACCUCCCAGGCGAUGGUUGGGGCAGGCCUUACAGCAGCCCCCUCCCCGUCCCCCAUUUUGCAGACUUCAUCGUGACUCAGAGGAAUUGGGACGUUUCUUUCCAGGAGUACAAACAUACAAACUUAAUUUUUUUAAAAGAAAGAAUAUGUAUAUAAUUAUAUAUAAGAAAAAAUGAAAUACAGGUAUUUAAACACCAUUGGUAAAUUCAUGCAUGUAUACGGUGUCUCCCCCCACCCCACCCCAUUGGAUGUGUAGCAUCCAGGAUACGAAAUGACAAAAACCUCAUUAAAAUAACAGACAGGUCUUCUAGCAGCCCCUGAGUAAGCAGGUGCUUCCUUCUCUGGACAAGACCAGCUCGUCCUGUAUUUCAGAUCGUGUGUGUAAAUAAUAUGGGGGCGGCUGGGACUGUAUUUGUAUGGGUAACCUGCUGUAAAGCGUGGAGGGGGAGAUGCAUGGGGCAGCAGCGUUAGGAAUAAGCCAUGUCCACUCCGCAUGUCUUACCUGCGCCCUAGGCACCAGGCAGGCAACUCUUUACCUGUGUUCUUCAACACUACCCUUUUCCUUCACCCGUUAAAAAAAAAAAAAAAAAUCCCUCCUGCUUUAUUUAUAAAUGUGUUUUUAUACUUUUGGCUUUAGGUAAAAUAAUCCUUUAAAAU